UGAACGAGAACAAUUGUUUCACUUUCAUGGUAAGUCUCUUGGUCAGCGCUCGGCGUAUUGUGUGCAGGUGAAAUUGCAGAAAAUCUCAGCAUUCUGGGCUAAAACAGCGAAAUAAUUAGCGCAACACGCUACCCAGCGUUAAAGAACAACGCUGUUGGACGGCAAGUGGGGGAAAAUAAAGAACAGCUAUUUCUAACAACAAAAAGGAUCGGACGCGGCGAACACCGUCUCUGUCACAAGACAAUACAAUUGAUAUUCUGGACACAACAACCGCUGAAAUAUAGUGCAGAACGCUAGCAAAACGGCAGGGAAGAUUGAUCUAACAGCAACAGUGAUCGGACACGGGGGACGCCGGCUGUCACGCAAGAAGCCGGUACAAUAGAAUUUUCAGAAUGACGGAAACACGCAUCUCUAAUCUGGUGGACACCGAUCGUCCCCUGCUAUGGGUCCCGAGCCCGAAAUGUGGAAUGUGCUCACUGCCGUACACGAACAAAACGGACUUCCAUUCGGUGUACCGGACGCCCUUCCUGCUUGCCUGCCAGCAUCUCAUGUGCAGCGAUUGUGUGUCUGAGUAUGCCUGCAACGAUACGAUCCUGUGUGCGCAGUGCAAACAGCCAACGCUGCUGCGGACCGUCCAAGGCGAUGCCACGAUCGCCCUCCAUCCGAGCUACUACAUGAUGGGGCUCGUGGAGCGAAAGCAGGAAGAGCUCGACAACUUGCUGCAGUAUGCGAUGGACGAGAAAAAUCAGCGCGAAAAGCAGACGAUUGCGAACGAACCGACGACGCCAAUGAGCUUUACCAUCGCGCCAGUUCGAGCGCACGAGAUAGGCACACCGAAGAAGCUGAAAAACCUGCUAGAAAAUGCGUACUACUCCUACGAAACCACCAAACGCUUGCUGGACAAUCGCAACAAGUCGUUGCCGGCCAAUGCCGAGCAGGUGUUCAAGAAGAUAAACGCCCACUUUCUAUCGCUGCACAAUGCGCUCCAGAUGGAGGAGAUUCGCGUGCUGCGGCAGGUGCGCAACUCGUUCAUCGACCAGUGGCAGCACACGGAACGGCAGCAGCAGCGUUUGCAGGCUUCCAACGAACGGUUGAAAAAGCUGUACGCACGCUCGAAACGGUUCCUGAGCGAUCCGCCCGAAGCCGACGACGAGUCGUGGCAGAGGUUUGGCAAGGAGGUGAAAUCGUUCCUCGAAUCCGAACCGCUGAAGCUGAUAAAGCGGGACUACACUGCCCCAGCGGCCAUUCUCUAUACGGAGUGUGAAAGCUUCGUCAAAAGCAUCGGCAGGUGUUACAAGCUGACCGUGCCGAAUCUGAACAAAGUGAUGCAGCUCGCACCGAUGGCGGCCAGUGCCGAGAACAAGUGUGCACCUGCCGGUACAUCGGGUGAAUUGAGCGAUUCCAAACGUCGCCACACUGUCGCCGAUCGAACCUUUACCAAUGAUUCGAGCGAGGGAGGAGAGAGUUCUUCCCGCCGGGAACGAGGAAGCGCAGCGAAGGAGAAACCACCACGUUCCGAGCGAUCGAGCAGCGGCCCUCACAGCAGCCGUCACCAGACGUACGACAAUAACGAUAGCUACAAGAUCUCCCUGACGAAGCGUGUAUCGCAUGCUAAGAAGGACGCGGACAGGGAGAAGGAUCUGCAACGACACUUUACCAGCGUGAAGGUGACGUGCGUGGUGAAUCCGCUGGAAUUCUACGUGCAGGAUGCGCUGAACCUGGACACCACUACGUCCCUGGUCGAGUUGUGCCAGCAGGAGGCGGCAGCCUACGAAGCGAACCUGAUUGCCGGCAUCGAUCCGCUGAAAGUACGCGUCGGCAAGCUGUACCUGGUGCGAUCGGAUAGCUCCACCGCCAACUGGUAUCGGGCGAUGGUGUUGGAUCUGCUUAACACAACGCCCGAACAGCGCGGACCGUACCGGGUGCAGUUCAUCGACUACGGCGGGCAGGCAACGGUGACGCACGAGUGUGUGCGACCGAUGUCGAAGGAGCUGGCCAGCAUCGAGGGCCGGGCGAUCCGCUGCUCGCUGUACGGCGUAGCACCGCCCGGCUGGAAGCCGGACGACCUGAACGCGUCCUGGCCGGAAGAGUGCCGCGUGAUCAUGAUGGAAUUCGUAUCGGAGCUCAACAUGCUGAUGUUCACGGUGGAGAAUAGCGGCGGCGGCCAGAUGGUGGAUCUGUUCCAACCUCCGGUGACCACUCGCUCGUGGUCCAGCAAGCACUCCAGCAGGAAGGAUCCGGGAGUGUACUGGGAAGGGUUCUACGCUCCCAUGUCGCUGCGCAGCACGCUCAUCUUCGGGCAGCACUGCAUUCCGACGGACGCGACGGAGCAGCGGCGGCGUGAGGUCGUCGAACGGCUCGUGCUGCUGGACCACUGGAUGCAUAAGGCCAAGGCACAGGCGCAGAAGCGAUUGCACAUUCCCCGCGCGCCGGAAUUGAGGGAGUACGAUAGUUUCGACGUGCAGAUUACCCAUUCGCUAUCGCCCGAUCAGUUCUACCUGAUGCCAAUGCAGUGGAAGACGAAGGAUUUCCAAGCGCUGCAGGAGGAGCUGGGCCAGCUAUGCCAGGGCGAGCGCAAGUGCUUCCAUCCGUACGCGGGACUGGUGUGCGGGUUCACGCUAGGCGACCAGGGAAGCAAGGUCUGGUUCCGGGGCCGCAUCGAGACGGUGCUUCCGACUGGAGCGUGCGAAGUGUACGUGCUGGACAGUGGCGAACGGUUGACGGUGCACUGGUACGAUCUGUACCUGCUGCCGCUGGACAGUGCGCCGCUGCGCAAGCAUCCACUCGCCGUUUGCUGUCGGUUGGAGUACAUCUACCCGCAGAGCAAUGGGGGCAGCAGCGGCGGUGGUAACCAUGGCACGCUCAGCUGGACGCGAGAAGCGGCCGAGGAGUUCAAUCGCAUGGGCAGAAGUAAGACGCUGCGGUUCAGCGUGAAGAUGGGCAAGCUGUGCAAAGUGACGGACACGUACGGUGUGGUGCUGUACCUGCACAACAAGGCGGACCGCGACACGUGCAUCAACAAGCUGCUGGUGCACGAGGGUCACGCCCAAUGCAUUGCGGGAAAGGAGAGCGAAAUUAACGAUCGCAUGCUGGAACCGGCGGUGACUGAUGUGUUGGCGCCUACUACGCCGACCAGCACGUCGAGCGUUGCCUCGCCGCCGAGCAGGCUGGUGGAUCCUCGCAUAAUGGUCGAAAUGCUGCGGGUGGUAUCGCCCGACGAGUUCUACGUGCGAGUGUGCUCGCGCAAACCGUGCCUGGAGCGGUUGCACAACACGAUCCAGCAGCACAUGGUCGAAGCGUUGGACGGCAACGUGGCGGAAGAGGACGACAGUGGAUCGGGCGAAUGCAACUGGGCGGUCGGGGACAUGUGCGUCGUGUUUACGGCAACGUCCGACGGCGACUCGAGCGAAUGGUACCGUGGCCGGGUGACGGCCGUGCAGGAGGAAGCCAUUCUGCAGUACCAGGUGUUCCUGAUCGAUCGGGCCGAAUCGGUACGGGUGCACCGUACCAAUAUGGCCCGGCUAACGUCGAACGUUUCGCAGAUCCAACCGGGAGCGGUGCGGUGCCGGCUGGCGUGCAUUGAACCGAUAGGGGGCAACACUAGCUGGCAUCAGACGACGCUGGACACGCUGCUCAAUACGAUCGAGUCGUACGACAAGCACGCCAUCUCGCUCGACGCCAAGACGCCCAACAAGUCGGACGAUGUCGGCCGCGCGCUGUCGGUGGUGCUGUGGGGCAUACGGCAGACGAUGCGGCAGGCGCUGGCACCGCAACGGACCGAGUACCGGAACAUCAACCAGCUGCUGGUGGUUCGCGGACUGGCCCACUCGACCGGCCGGUUCCGCACCUUCCCGACCAAGGGCGAAGGUGCGAUGGAGGAGGUGCAGCUGUUCGAGCAAGCCGUCGACGAGAUGAUGCGGUCCGAGUACGAAAGGUUGCAGCAGUUUUUUCGGACCGUCGCCGCCGUCUCCACGCACUCGCAAGAACUCGACUUCGGGGAGGACGGAAACGAAACGGCAAAAACUCUACUGAACGCCAAUGAGUCCGACGUGAAGGUGGACAUCGAUGAUGCGUGCGCCGCCGCCCUGUCGCUGAUCGACGUCGCGGUCGACCGUAUCGCGGACUGGCCGGAGGCGACUCGGUUCGACAAGACCGUGUUUGUGGGCAUGCCGACGUACAUCGGUAACGACGGCACGGUGUACAUUUACGACGUCAGCCAGGAGCCGGUGCUGACCCGGAUGCGCGACACCAUCAAUGAGCACGUGCAGAAUGGUCCACCGCCGCCGGCCGUUCCGAUCAAGUUCGAAAGCGGCCAGCCGUGCUUCGUGAAGUACCACGUGGAUGGACAUUUUUACCGCGGAAAAAUUCAGCUCGUCAUCGAACCUUACCGCACGUAUCGGGUGCUGUUCGUCGAUUAUGGCAACGAGGAGACGUGCUCGCUGCAGGAUCUGCGUCCAGCGUCGGCCUGUGGACUGGUGCCGGUACAGUCGCACCGGUUCCGGCUGAGUGGCAUACUGCCCAUAGACUAUUGCUCCGUAACGUCCCUGUGGCCCGAAGAUGCACUGAUCGUGUGCCACGGACUGUUCGUGCAGAAGCUGUGCAAAAUCCGCGUCGACACGUCGGUCUGGUCGGGCGAUGGCUCCGCUCGUCAUCUGCCCAUCCCGUGCCAUCUCACUCUGCUGAAGGAUUCGGUUGCAGUGCGCGAAGCGUUGUUGGAGCUGAAUAUGUUUAAGCUGCGCUCGGAGCAGCCAGAGAAACGCCCGAGCUGGGUAGCGGAACAUAUACCGCCCCGGAAGAGCGAGUUUGCCGUGAUGAUAAACCAGCCGAGCACCUCCUCGCACCCGAUCUCCACAACCUUGUCUACAAGCGUUACAUCGGAGAGGAGCGAGCUGCAGAAGCUGAUGGAACAGUUGCAAGCGGAAUAUGUCUAUAGUAAAGAUAUCGAAGAUCCGAACGAUCUACCGGAGGAAGAGGACGAGUACGAUCGGUUUAACCGGGCUCAGCUGAUUCACGCAGAUCCGGACGAUGAGAGUUACCACGAGAGUCAGACGAAGGAAAGCGAGAUCUCACUAGAUCUUACCCCACUCCCAUCGCCGGCCUCCUUUGACUCGACCGAAUUUGAGACAUCGUCCCGUCUGUCCGCCCAGCAAAAUGACGAGACUCUGGACACGAGCCACUCUCCUGUCCAGAGCGAAGAUCCGAUAGCACGCAGCUUUCCUCACCAGGCACCGAUCAAACCGUCGACGAUUGGAUUCUUUGCCGACUUCAUCAACUAUGGGGACAAUUUGACGUUCCACGUCUUUCCGCAUAUGGAGGGGCACACGGUGCGGAUGUCAAACAUGGAGGAGAAGGUACAAACGGUGGCCAUGUCCCGCAACCCGCUGCACCGUUGGCAGGCGAGCGUGCUCGAGGUGGGUGCGCCCUGUCUCGCGCCCUACCAUGUGGACGGGAAGUACUAUCGGGCCAUCGUGGAAGAGAUCGACGACGAGCGGGAACAGGUACGCGUGCUGUACGUGGACUAUCUGAAUCGCGAAACGGUGGCUAAGAAAGAUUUGCGCAAGUGCCCGAUCGGGUUGCGUAUGAUCGCGCUGCGCAAUGUCAUGGUGCGGCUGGCGAGCGUUCAGCCGAACCCGCGGCUCCGCAACGAGGACGUCAUCCGGCGGCUGGUGGAGCUACUGAAGAAACCGUUCUACGUGCGCGUUAUCCACUACCCGCCCAAGACGGACAAAACGCCCGUCGUGCUGGAGGUAGAGCUGUACACCGAUUGUGACUGUAAAGAGCUUGUGUAUCAGCAGAUGAUCGAUACGAAGUAUUUUCUUCGUAAAGCAACCACAACACGGAAUUAGGUGAGCUUAGGGUGUAGUGGACAAGCUUUUUCUUUUUAUUUUACACCGAUUU